GGAUAUGUUAGAUGUUCCACAAUGCCAAGUGAGUACAACUGUGUGAAACUGGGAAGUGAUUGCUCAAGGGCUUCCCUGCAAUGGUACACCCGAGCUCAAAACAAGAUGAGAAGACCUACCUUGUUGUUAAAAGACAUCUUCAAAUGUACAUUGCUGGUGUUCGGAUUAUGGAUCCUUUAUAUCCUCAAGUUAAAUUAUACUGCCGAAGAAUGCGACAUGAAAAACAUACACUACGUGGACCCCGACCGCGUGAAGAGAGCCCAGAAAUAUGCCCAUCAAAUCUUGCAGCAGGACAACUUUGCGAAGACAUCCAUGGCUCUGUUAUUUGAGCACAGGUAUAACGUGGACUUACUGCCUUUUGUGCAGAAGGACCCCAGAGAACGUGAAGCUGAGGACAAGUAUAAUCCUCCCUUUGGGUUCCGGAAGUUCUCCAGUAAAGUCCAGACGCUCUUGGAAAUAUUGCCUGAGCACGACCUUCCUGAACACUUGAAAACCAAGACAUGCCGGCGUUGUGUGGUUAUCGGAAGUGGUGGGAUAUUGCAUGGACUGGGAUUGGGCCGUGCCCUGAACCAGUUUGACGUUGUGAUUAGGCUAAACAGUGCACCAGUUGAAGGUUAUGCAGAACAUGUUGGAAAUAAAACUACCAUAAGGAUGACUUAUCCAGAGGGCGCUCCGCUGUCUGACUUUGAAUAUGAUUCCAAUGACUUGUUUGUUGCUGUUUUGUUUAAGAGUGUUGACUUCAAUUGGCUUCAAGCAAUGGUAAAAAAUGAAACCCUGCCGUUUUGGGUGCGACUCUUCUUUUGGAAGCAGGUGGCAGAAAAAAUUCCACUACAGCCGAAACAUUUCAGAAUUUUGAAUCCAGUUAUUAUCAAAGAGACUGCCUUUGACAUUCUUCAAUACUCAAAGCCUCGGUCAAGAUUCUGGGGCCGAGAUAAGAAUGUCCCCACCAUCGGUGUCAUCGCUGUGGUCUUGGCCACACACCUGUGUGACGAGGUCAGCUUGGCGGGUUUUGGGUAUGACCUCACGCAGCCCAGGACGCCCCUGCACUACUUCAACAACCAGUGCAUGGCGGCCAUGAACUGGCAGACCAUGCACAAUGUCACGAGGGAGACGGAGUUUCUCCUCAAGCUGGUCAGGGCCGGGGUGGUGAAGGAUCUCAGCGGGGGCAUCCAUUGUGAAUUCUGAACACAGAACCAGACUUGGGAAUGCAACUCGGACUUGGGCUGUGUCGAGCCGCCUUCUUGAGGCAUUUCAUCGUGCAAGCACUUCGACGUUUGAUGUGCAACUGGUGUUUCUAACUUUUAAUUUAAAAACAAAAAGACACUUCGCUCUGCCCACUUUUUCUUUUUUUUUUUUCCUAUUUGAGGUGUUUGUUUUUGCACAACAUCUUGUAAGUUAAUUUUAAGAACUAAAUUGGAAAGACUUUUCCAAAAAGCAUUGUCUGUGAUAAUGUUUAUGGUAUUUUAAGAAAGUAAUUUAAUUUUGCAAAAACUCUGUCCAUGUAUUCUGCCCACGGAUACCAGCUAAUUGAGGGGAAGGAGAAGUUACUCAUUCGAUGACAGCUCCAAGCGCCCAAUUCUGGCUCUCUGGGAACAAUGGAGGAGGCCCUUCCAGGAUGACGUACUCAGCAGCAAAGCCAUGGGUCAUGUCCCACGGUGCCGAUGAAGUCCUGGGCUGAUCAGAGAAGUUCACGUUCCUCCCGUGGUCUGCCCUGGGCCAGAAGACUUGCAGAAAUCAACCCAGGGAGCCAUCCUGGAGGGCCCUGCCAGAGUGGGACACAGGAGACAGUCUAUCCUCUGAGCUCUAUGACGGUGCCCAAGAUUCAGAAAUCAGUCUUCCCAGCAGUGAUAACAACUCUUGUUUUUGUUUGUUUGUUUGUUUGUUUUUGAGAAUGUUUGUACUGCCCUCUCAAAGCACUUCGGUCUUAUCUGAGGUAUUCAGUGUCUGUCUGAGGUGGCUUAUAAAAAUUAGGGUAACACCAAUACUUCCCAGGGUCGUGGUGGAGUAAACUCUUCCCAGGAUAAUCAUGUCUUCUGAACCACUGAAAUGAAGUCCUCCCAGUGUUAUAAAUCGCCUAUUUAAGAAAACAAAAAUGUGUUUCAAAUGGCCACCUGGCAAAGUAUUCCAGCCAAAGUGCUGGCCAAAAAGAAGAGUAAAAGCUUUUGAGGAACGCU